UCUCAGUCACGCUCAAAUUAAUUGAAUCGUCAUGGCCGUACUUCCGAAGAUGGAUUGCCGUUUUACGUCUGCAAAGGUAGGCGUCGAUGUCGAUGGCAACGGAGAUUCAAUAAUGGAGGUUCCGAUGGGGUGGCGGUUUAUGCCGACCGACGAAGAACUUAUCAUAUCGUAUUUGUCCAGAAAAGUGGCUUUCAGAUCUCUACCAGCUCAGAUUAUUAAGGAGAUUGAUGCAACCGAGUUUUAUAAACACCAUCCAAACAAUCUUGUUGAUAAUGUUUGCUUCAAGAGAGACCUAUGCAGUUUGGAAACAGAGUGCUAUUUAUUUAUUAAUCACGACCAAUAUUUUCACGGAAGAAUUAUCAAAAUGAGACAAGUUGGAGAAGGCAAUAUUGGCUUCUGGAGAUGUGAUGGAAAAGAAGAAGCCAUUUUCGAUGCUCAUGGAAAUGUUUUUGCUUAUAAACUUCACUCUACUUUUUAUAACUCCAAAUCAAAAAAGACAUCUUGGAAAAUGGAAGAAUAUCGAUUAGUACAUAGAUACUUCAACAAAGAUGAGAAUUCACCUAGAGACGAGUGGGUUGUGGCAAGGAUCAGAGGAGCACAAAGUUUACAGCAAAAACUGGAAUUCUUUUGACUUGCUAUUUAAUUUCGAUCAAAUCAUUUAUAUCUAGGCGUUUAGUCGAGUCCUUUGUUUAUGAAUUUUCUGUUUAAAUAGUAUAUUUGCACCGUUUAAAGUGUGCAAACAUUGAGUUGAUCUAGAUCAGUUGUUAUUAUAAUGUACAAAGUUUAGUGCAUAUAAUUAUGUACAACAGAUCAUCUGAAUAAUAGUACUAUAUAUUUUAAUUAUAU